UUCAGACUCCAAGCUGGGUGAAAAUGAGUUCUUCAGUAAGAAGAAAAGGCAAGCCAGGCAAAGGAGGUGGAAAAGGGUCUUCUAGAGGAGGAAGAGGAGGCAGGAGUCACGCUAGUAAAUCUCACGGGGGCGGUGGCGGUGGUGGUGGCGGUGGCGGUGGCGGUGGUGGCAGCGGCAAUAGAAAGGCCUCGAAUAGAAUUUGGGAUGAUGGAGACGACUUCUGUAUCUUCAGUGACUCAAGGCAUUCAUCCAGACCUAGCAACAGCAGCAUAAGCAAAGGAGAGGCGCGCCCCAAAUGGAAACCCAAAGCCAAAGUGCCCCUUCAGACUCUACACAUGACUUCUGAGAAUCAAGAGAAAGUGAAGGCUCUUCUCCGAGACCUGCAGGAACAAGAUGUUGAUGCUGGAUCUGAAAGAGGCAUUUCUGGGGAGGAGGAAGAUGAUGAGCCUGAAUGUUGUGAUGAUGAGCGGUACUGGCCAGCUGGACAAGAACCUUCCCUUGUUCCUGACCCCGAUCCUUUGGAAUAUGCCGGCUCAGCCCCAGCGGAGCCUCGUAUUCCAGAACGUACAGUAUCGCCAUUUGCAGUGCAAAAACUUUCCAGGUAUGGUUUUCAUAUUGAACACUGUCAAGCAGCCCUGAGGAUUUGUGAUGGAGAUGUGGGGGCAUCACUAGAGCUUCUGCUUACCCAGUGUUUUUCAGAGACAUUUGGAGAGAGGAUGAAGCUCUCUGAAGCAGUCGACCAUAUAUGCUUGGAUGAGUGUGUGGAACAGCGGCAGGAAGAGGCAUUUGCUCUCAAGUCAAUCUGUGGAGAAAAAUUUAUAGAAAGAAUUCAGAACAGAGUCUGGACCAUUGGAUUAGAACUGGAGUAUUUGACAAAUAAAUUCUGCAAAUUCAAGCAAAGGGAUAGUACCAAAAAUGUACAAGAGACUGCACUUGAAGUCUGUAAAUUUUACCUCAAAGGAAAUUGCAAAUUUGGAUCAAAAUGCAAAUUCAAACAUGAAGUGCCCCCAGAUCAAAUUGUUGGAAGAAUAGAAAGAAAUGUGGAUGAUUCUCAUCUUAAUGCUAAUGAAGAUGCAUCUUUUUUAUAUGAACUUGAAAUUCGAUUUUGUAAAGACCACAAAUAUCCCUACCAAGCUCCCCUUGUGGCAUUUUAUUCCACCAAUGAGAAUCUACCUCUGGCUUGCCGUUUACAUAUUUCUGAGUUCCUUUACAGCAAGGCCUUGACAUUUGCAGAAACUUCGGAACCCGCUGUAUAUUCUUUAAUAACUCUUUUAGAGGAAGAAUCAGAAAUAGUCAAGUUACUAACAAAUACCCAUCACAAGUAUAGCGUUCCUCCUGUGAACUUUCUGCCAGUAUCCUCUGGGACCAGAAUAAAUAAUCCUGCCUAUCAUAAACCAGUGAUUCCAAAUAAUUCUUUUGUUUCGAAUCAAAUUCCGGAAGUUGAAAAAGAAUCAGAACCUGAGGAGGAGGCAGAUGAGGAUGAAGGUCCUGCACCAGUUAUAGUUGAGAAUGAAAGCUAUGUGAACCUUAAGAAAAAGAUUUCCAAAAGAUAUGACUGGCAGGCAAAGUCAGUACAUGCUGAAAAUGGUAAAAUCUGCAAGCAGUUCCGAAUAAAACAGGCUUCCAGACAGUUCCAGUCUAUUUUGCAAGAAAGACAAUCACUACCUGCCUGGGAAGAAAGAGAAAACAUUCUUAAAUUGCUGAGCAAGCACCAAGUGGUUGUCAUAAGUGGUAUGACCGGAUGUGGGAAAACUACACAGAUUCCACAGUUUAUUCUGGAUGAUUCUCUGAACGGGCCACCUGACAAGGUGGCUAAUAUCGUCUGUACCCAACCCCGAAGAAUCUCUGCCAUCUCUGUUGCUGAACGUGUUGCUAAAGAAAGAGCAGAGAGAGUGGGUCUGACCGUGGGAUACCAGAUUCGGUUAGAAAGUGUCAAGUCCUCAGCUACCAGACUAUUGUACUGCACCACAGGAGUGCUGCUGAGAAGGCUAGAAGGAGAUACGGCUCUACACGGAGUCUCCCAUAUCAUUGUUGAUGAGGUUCAUGAGAGGACAGAAGAAAGUGACUUCUUGCUGCUAGUUUUGAAGGACAUUGUGUUGCAGAGGCCAACUCUUCAAGUUAUUCUGAUGAGUGCGACUUUAAACGCUGAGCUCUUUUCAGAAUAUUUCAAUUCCUGCCCAGUUAUUACUAUACCAGGUGAUUAAAAUGUAUCAUUAAGUAUACCCACAUACACACAAAUUCCUUUGUCUGUCUAUCUCAGGUAUGUGUUACAGGAUGGGAGCCCAUAUAUGCGCUCCAUGAAACAGAUUUCAAAGGAAAAGCUUAGAGCAAGGCGCAACAGAACUGCUUUUGAAGAAGUGGAGGAAGACCUGCGGCUCUCCCUUCACCUCCAGGACCAGGAUUCUGUCAAAGAUGCAGUGCCAGACCAACAGUUAGAUUUUAAGCAGCUCCUGGCCCGAUAUAAAGGGGUUAGCAAAUCAGUCAUCAAAACAAUGUCCAUCAUGGAUUUUGAAAAGGUUAAUCUUGAAUUAAUAGAGGCCUUAUUAGAGUGGAUUGUGGAUGGAAAGCACUCCUACCCUCCAGGUGCUAUACUUGUAUUUUUACCUGGGCUGGCAGAAAUCAAAAUGCUUUACGAACAGCUACAGUCUAAUUCUCUUUUCAACAACAGACGUAGUAAUCGAUGUGUUAUUCAUCCACUUCAUUCAUCUCUAUCCAGUGAAGAGCAGCAGGCUGUGUUUGUAAAACCUCCUACAGGUGUAACUAAGAUUAUAAUUUCCACCAACAUUGCUGAGACAUCCAUAACUAUCGAUGAUGUUGUCUAUGUCAUCGAUUCUGGGAAAAUGAAAGAAAAGAGAUAUGAUGCCAGCAAAGGGAUGGAAAGUCUAGAGGAUACUUUUGUAUCUCAAGCCAAUGCUCUGCAAAGAAAAGGUCGAGCAGGCCGUGUUGCAUCUGGGGUCUGCUUCCAUUUAUUCACUAGCCAUCACUAUAAUCACCAGCUUCUAAAGCAACAGCUACCAGAAAUACAAAGAGUGCCACUGGAACAGCUGUGUCUAAGAAUUAAAAUUUUAGAGAUGUUUAGUGCUCAUAAUCUCCAGUCUGUGUUCUCUCGGCUCAUUGAACCUCCACAUGCCGAUUCUCUCCGUGCCUCAAAAAUACGAUUACGAGACUUGGGAGCAUUAACUCCAGAUGAAAAAUUGACCCCUCUAGGCUAUCACUUGGCCUCUCUGCCUGUAGAUGUGAGAAUUGGCAAACUGAUGCUGUUUGGGUCUAUCUUCCGCUGUUUGGAUCCUGCCCUCACCAUUGCUGCCAGUUUGGCCUUUAAGUCUCCUUUUGUAUCUCCCUGGGAUAAAAAAGAGGAAGCUAACCAGAAAAAGCUAGAAUUUGCAUUCGCAAACAGUGAUUAUCUAGCCCUUCUACGAGCAUAUAAGGGCUGGCAGCUAAGUACAAAAGAAGGUGUGCGUGCAAGUUAUAAUUACUGCAGACAAAACUUCUUGUCAGGAAGAGUUCUGCAGGAAAUGGCCAGCCUCAAACGACAAUUCACUGAACUAUUGUCAGAUAUAGGGUUUGCAAAGGAGGGUCUCAGAGCAAGAGAAAUUGAGAAAAGGGCCCAAGGAGGAGAUGGUGUCUUAGAUGCCACAGGAGAAGAGGCAAACUCAAAUGCUGAGAACCCUAAGCUGAUAUCAGCAAUGCUGUGUGCUGCUUUGUAUCCAAAUGUCGUGCAGGUGAAAAGUCCAGAAGGGAAAUUUCAGAAGACCAGCACUGGAGCUGUCAAAAUGCAACCAAAAUCAGCUGAGUUAAAGUUUGUCACCAAGAAUGAUGGAUAUGUACACAUUCACCCUUCGUCCGUGAACUAUCAGGUCAGACAAUUUGACAGCCCCUACCUGUUGUACCAUGAGAAGAUCAAAACUAGUCGGGUAUUCAUCCGCGACUGCAGCAUGGUGUCUGUGUACCCCUUGGUCUUGUUUGGAGGAGGUCAAGUGAAUGUGCAGCUUCAAAGGGGAGAGUUCGUUGUCUCCUUGGAUGAUGGUUGGAUCCGUUUUGUAGCUGCUUCCCAUCAGGUGGCUGAAUUAGUAAAGGAACUUCGUUGCGAGCUUGACCAGCUUCUCCAGGAUAAAAUAAAAAACCCGAGCAUAGAUCUGUGUACGUGUCCUCGAGGAUCCCGGAUCAUCAGCACGAUUGUGAAACUUGUCACCACGCAAUAAAGACCAAUCUUAGGAGAGUGCUUGCUACUCACCUGCUUCUUGCUCAUCUGGGAAAUAACAGCAGCACCUCUACCUCGAACUAAAGACCUGUGCUGGGGCUGGCCCUGGUGGAGGAGCCCGGACAUGCAGUGCUGAGUCAGCUGAGGCACCACACACCCUUAGGGACGUUUUCCAGACUUAGUAUUUCUCACAAAGCCUUGGGCACUCCCAGCACAAUUUGGAGUGUCCCUGGUGAGACAGUCUGAAACCCAGCUUGCCUGUCUUCUUCUCUGGGACUGUUCUGGAGUAAAUGAAAUUCACCUGAUAACACAGAAGUGAAUGUUUAAUACAAUUCUGUUUUAAUCUAUGUAUUUUCUUCCUGCUUUUUACUGGGGUGAAACAGGCAUGAGGAGAAAUAUCCAUGGUUGGUGUUUUUUUAUUUGUUUCUGUCAGAAAGGCUCAACGGAGAGAAGUCAGAAAAGAGAAAGAAAGAAAAAAAAAAACAGGAAAAAAAAUCAUGUGAGCAAGAAAAAUAAAAAUUUCAUUUUAAGCUAUUAGCUACUGAGUAAACUUGAUUUGUGAGGGAUUUUUAUUUUUACUCAUUAAAUACCAGCUUAAAAAAA